AUGUGGACAUUGUGUCUCCUCUCCAUCUGUCCACUUCUGAGUGGGACGCUCGGAGAGGACACAGUGGCAGAAGAUGUCGGUGUCCAUCAACUGCAGCGGUUGGUGGAGUUGCUGACGCACAGAGAGUGCGAGGACCUGCUGGUCGCCCUCUCUCACCGGGAGGAGAACAUCUUCCAGCAUCUCGAGCGCCUCUCACCAGAGAACAACCAGCUGGAUCUCAAACCGCGAGCCAAGAGAGACACGUCCUCCUCUGAGGAUAGCGAGGCUGAGUGCCGGACGGCCCUGACAGACUGGCUGCUGAGAUACGGCGAGCGGAUCUACUACGACAAGCUCUCCCGCGCCUUGAUGCACAUCGGCAGAACCGACAUCGCCAUUGAAGUGGGGAUGAACAUCAACGAGGACAAAACCUCGAACCUGAAGCGCUACGUCGACGACUAUCACAAGUACGUGAGCUCGUUACACGUCCCUUCAGUCCAGUCGGAUGCAAAACGCCACCGGGACGCGGGUCACAAAAGAAAGAGAAAAGUGAAGGAUCUGUCAUGGAGUGACCUGGACCUGGUUGUGGAGGUGGCUCCUGUCCCUUCGUACCCGAAGGGCCCGUUGGACGUGGUUCUGCCCGUCCUGUACGGCGUCCUGCUUGGCUUCGGAGUCAGCCUGCUCGCCGGGGUCUCCAUCGUCCUCAUCGCCACCCACGUCUCCCGCAGAGCCACCACCACCCCCCCCACCCCCCGGGUCACUGGCAGUUCUCGCUCCAAGCUCAAGGUCUGAUGCUAAGAUGUCAGAUGUAGGAUGCAGCUCCUGUGAAGUCAGACAAACAGUUCAGGGCUUUAAAAUGACAUUUAAAUAAAGUUGGCAUUGCAUUUA